AUGGCUUGCAUAGAUGCUCAUAAGGUUCUUUAUGGUAUUCAUAUGCUAUCAGAGGAGGCCGAAUAUUGGUGGGAUAAUGUAUUAAAUAGAUUGAAAGCUAAUGGUACUAAGAUUACUUGGAUUGCGUUCAGAGCUGCAUUUAUGGAGAAAUAUUUCCCGACUGAUGUGAGUAGCAAGAAGGAGAUCGAGUUACUUGAGCUUAAGCAAGGAAACACGAUUGUAGUAGAUUAUGUUGCUAAAUUUGAAGAACUGUUCAGUCAUGCAAGAUCUUCUGGUUACAAAAGUGUCAGUGAUAAGAAGAGUGGUAUUCAUAACCGCAUAAAGAUGUAUGUCGUUCCAGACGAAUGCAAGAGUACUGUUGUGGUUUGUUUCAACUGUAGUGAGGUUGGUCAUAUUAGUACAGAGUGUCAGAAAUGCAAGAAGACGCAGGAUGUGAAAGCUGGUGGAAAAGUGUUUGCUCUCAGUGGUGCAAAUACCUCAAAGUUUGAUAAUUUGAUUCGAGCUACAUGUUUUAUUAAUGGUAUUCCUUUGAUUACUAUCAUUAACACAAAUGUGAUGCAUUCCUUGAUAUCUGUUGAUUGUGUGAAAAGAUUGAAUCUUGUGGUGUCCACUAUGAAUGGUAGUAUGGUUAUCGAUACUCAAGCUAAUGGAUUGGUGGCUAUUUAUUUUGUUUGUUUGAAUUUCCCUUUGACAAUAUUGUCGCGCCACGAAAAAUAUAGUGUCACCACUCAAUUUUAUUUAUUCCAAAGGAAAUGGAAAAUAGCAAUAAAACCCUAA